AAACGUUCAACAUGGCGGACGAGAACAAGACGUCGACGGUGGAGGCGGACGUGGUCGUGGAUGGCGACGCCAAGACCACCAAAACGGCUACCAGAACCACGACGACCUCUACGCGGGUCGUCGCCCCCUCCUCUGUCUCUGCAGCUUCCGAGAUGGCGUCUUUCCUCGCGGCUUACGAAGCGUGGGUGGGCAGCCACUCUGGUCUGGCCCGCAAUGUGGAGACGACGCUAUACGUAGCACCACAGCUCGUACCAAAGCGUUUGAUGGAGCCGGAGGUGGCGACGCAAUUUGGCUAUUCCCUGGUGGGGCUGCUGCAUCUGUACCACGACUACGUGCUGUGGAAGAAAGACAACAAAGAGACGGAGCCGCCGACAAACUAUCACAAGUUAACGCGGCUAGUUCGUGUGCCGUUGUCGCUUAUUUCGCACGUACAAGUGCUGGCAGAAGUCGUAGCUCGUCGAGUCGGUGGAGACGCGGGCAAAUGGCGUCUCAUUGUGUGGGUGGAGAUCGUCAAGAGCGUGUUGCGUCUCGUUCUACUGGCUCAACAACGUCGCGCUAUGCUAAUGCGUGGUGGCAAGUACAAAGGGGUGGAAUCUGCGCCUCGACCGUCGGCGUUAUCCCGUUUCAAAAAGCCUAAACAGCCUGGUGCUCGUACAGGCAAAACUUUUGGCAAGGCUGAAGUGUCCGAGCCGGAGUCACAAGUGAAAAAGAUCGACGAACCUAAUAAGAUGACGUUUGAGAAUGCGACGAUCGAAGUCGCAGAGGGCUCGCGUGAGGACUUUCUUGUGGCAGGAGAAGCCUGUCACAUCUUGCGACCUGUUGUGUACGCACUACUUCGUCGCCGCCGACCAGCGACAUCGUGGACUCCCGUUGUAGUAUCGCUCCUCGUGGAACUCUCUGGAUUGGCGCUGUCUGCUGCUGCUGUGGAACCGGUGGAAUCAUUAAAGCAUGACGCUGGCGACAAGGCUAAAGAUGAGAUUGCAGCUCGCAAGAUGGCUCUACUUCUUUACUUGCUCCGCGACCCCGUGUACGCGACCGUCACCAAGCCCGCGACUGGAAAGGCUGCGGAUGUCUUGGACUACGUACCUGGCGUGGGCAAGUUGUUCCGCUUCGGUACGAGGGCUGUACUCGACUACUACCACCAGUUCCACUUCUACACGUCGGCGUCGUAG